AGGGGGCUCUCGGAUUAUUCAAAAGGCAGCACGUGAUCAUCAAUGCCUUCUCGGGAAGUCAGGUACGACGAUACGAUAGUGAAAUUUGUGAAGACGAAUCUGUGAGGCGGAGCAGUUGGGCCGUUUCUUGAUAUAUACUUCAUUGCAUUGCUCAUCAUGGACCACAUUCGAAGUGGAUGUUCGUUUCGGGAACAGUCAACUCGAGCAAGACCUUCUCUACUGUUUCAUUGACCUCUAUUUCCUGUUUAUAUAUACCGCUUUCAUCAUGAUGGAGCUGAGACUGUUACUAUCUCUACAUGUUCUGUUGGCGGUGACGCUGCUUGCUGUCUCCCUAAAGGGAGUAGGCGCAGUAGACGCUUCAGAAGACUGCUUGGGUAAUGCCAGUCCUGGAAUGAGUAUCGAAGACAAUAUCGUAGAUAUCCAUAUCGAACAUCAAGAGCCGCUCGAAAGAUAUGGAAGCAAAUACCAAAGCAAGACAACACUGGGCCGAAACACUCCCUUCCAGCAUUCUAUAGUAGCGUGCUCUUCUUUAUCAGUCUUUCCAAUCAGUAUAACUAGCAAUGAAGUCUCACUCAACUACCCAUCAGCUGCUGCGAAUGCUUCGAAUAAUUCUCAGCUCACAACAACCUCAACACGUCCCGUCACCAGCAAUACAAGUCGAGGUCAUGACUCGAGAUAUUGGUUUAGCAGCAUCGAGCAUGUACUAGACUUCGCGCUUCAAGCGCUCACUGCCUCAUCUCCGCCAGUAUUGUUCCUCUCAAUUCUGUGGCUAUACUUCUCUGGGUCGUUCUUCUUCGACGUUGGCCACUGGACUAUGCACAAAUGCUCCAAGUCCAGAUCUCGCAUUCUACGCAGCAUUGGUUACCUACACGAGGUUCAUCAUUUAUAUUUCAAUCGUCGCCUCAAGUUCAAUGACAGGUACCAGUGGCAAAACAUGUGCUACGAAUUACCUCUGGAGCUAUCCUGCCAGCUCUUCGGUACUUGGCUUGGGUAUCUUCUUGCCAACUCUGUGGGACUCACUGGCCCAGGUCUAAUUUCCAAGGAGAUCUUGACCCUCGUCUUAGCGUUCGAAACAGUCCGCAGCUUCGUGGUUGCUUGUAUGGAAGGUCGAGACUCAAACCACAAAUCUUACUCACCGGUCGUUCCUAAAGAUCCACAUCCAUUUUUGGUGGGACCUGAGUACCACGCAUUGCAUCAUGUCGAUCCUUCUUCGUACAUUGGGUCUACUUUCAAGGUCUUCGAUUGGUUUCUUGGAACUUCUUGCUCUUUACAGUCUCGACGGGUUACCGUUGCCGGUGACCUUGGUGCUUAUGGCCCUGCUUUGAAGCAAGAACUACUCUCAGAAUCCGUCUCCUGUAUCGAAGAUUUGAACAUCCUCUCUACAGAUUCGAAGGAGAGUAAUGGAAGGAUUGAGGUUCUGGCUAGGACCGAUAUCCUGAUCAUUGGUUCUGAACCGGGAAGCGACGAGCUCAUUGACUUGUUCAAAAAAUACCACAAGGCGAAGGCGUCGCAAUCUUUGUUGCUCCCAGAGGUGUGGUGCUUUGACACAAGAAAAGCGUCCUUGCAACAAGUCAAGGAACGCCACAACGACGAGGAUAUUCUUUACAGACACAUUGUUUGUCAUUCAGAGAGGCAAUGGCUGGGGCUAAGGCCCGAGUGGGCGGCUAGCAUGGCUAUCUGGUGGAUAAGGAGGGGUAUGAGGACUGUUCCUGCGAGCUGUGAUGUUCUAGCGUUGUUCAGAUGAACAAGUCUCUCUCGGAAUUACGAGAUUACGACCAGAACUGAUUGUAUGAACUUUUUUCUUUUUGUUUUUGAAUUGUACUAUUUGUACUUGGUCCAAACCUGGGCGU